AGUAGUCAUUGUGACGAACACAGCACAAAGGUUCAAGUCAUUUCUCUCCGCCGUCUUAGUCUACAUACACUAAAAAUCAUGAAUACAUUUUUUUGGCAUCGCUAAAUCGUAUUAAUUUUGUAGUUUUCCAACAAAAAUUUAGUUCGAAGAAGUUUAACUAAACGAUGUUGAAAUAACAACCUUGAACGAAUUUUUCGUAAUUUUUCAUAGAUAUUUCAUAAAAGUGGCCACAAACGAUGGCUGAUCAAGGACGAAAAUCAGGCGUGAAACGUCGAUCGGAAGAAUCAAAUGACCCAGAACCAAAGCGUCAACGAAUUGACGAUGCUGUAGAUGCAACCACCGAUGGAAUAAAGCUGACCGAUAUCAUUGAUGAUUGUCUUGAACGAAUUUUCAUACAUUCAUCUUUUGACGAUCUUUUGAACAUCGCCCACACCAAUACACAACUGAUGUCAGCCGCAGGCACGACGUUCAAACGUAAAUUCGGCAAGACGAAAUUCGGAUUAUGCGACGAUUUUCCUCCAUUUCAAGAAAAUUGCAUUCUAAUUACCGAUAAGAAAACUCAGUUGCAAUUGUUGCGUUCUUUUGGACAUUUAAUCACGGAGUUGACUGUAGAGCUAUCUGGUAAAUUUGGUAAAAAAUUGAUAACGUACUCAAGCGAAUACUGUUUUACUUCACUAACUGUCCUCCGAAUUCAGUAUUCUGAUAUUGAAUUGUUGCCAAAAAAACCAUUUGCAAAUGUUGAAGUCGUUGAAUUGCUCAACAGCCGAUUGUAUGAGGACAUGGAUUUUAACAAAUGGUUUCCGGCAAUGCGUCGUUUGAAUUUGAUUAAGUGUCAUGUUGAUAACAAAAUGUUCGUCGUGAAGAAUUGUCUACAUUUGGAGCAAUUGAAAGUUGAACGCUGCAAUCACAUUUCAACCAAAGAUUUUUUCUCUUUCCUGCAAAAUAAUCCACAAUUGCGUAGCUUAAGUCUCGUUAAAGACUAUAUACCCAAAGACUUCUGGAUAACAUGUCAGAAGCUUACACAACUGGAAUACUUAAAUUUGGAAUGUUACAGUUUGCCAUCUAGUAGCACUGCGGUCAGCUUGAUCGCGUUGAAAAAAUUGGAUAUUGACAUCAGACGUAACGAAGGUAUACUUGUGUUUUUAUCGGAGUUAACAUUCGAUCAACUUGAAGACAUCACGUUUGGUUCGAGCGUGUUUUUGAAUCAAACAUCACGUGACACAUACCAAUGGUCAAACUUCUUCAAGAAGAAUUCAUCGAUUGAAAAAGUCACGUUGACGGGCUACAACCAUUCCAUUGAUAACAUCGUGACAGGAAUUAUACGAGAAUCGCCAUUGUUGAAAGAAUUCAAUAAUUUUGGUUGUCUAUUUUCGGUUGACGAAAUACUUGACUUCAUGGGUAAAUUCAAUUUGACGAGUUAUGGUUUCGGAGUCGAAAACAACUCCGAAUUCGAAGAUCUGAAAAAUCGUUUGAGCGCAGAAUGGGAGGCGUCAUUCAAUGAUGGUCGUGUUAUAGUAACUCGCAAGGAGUGAUGGAUCGACUUUCUGAAUUCUUCAAUAGAACCAGUUCCAAAGGAGAGCGAACAGAAAAUGAACUCGACAUCAAUUUCCAUCAACCUAUAGAAUUAUCAAUUUUCUCCAUUUUUCAUUCGAUAGCUUUUAAGUUACGUUCAAUGAUUACUUGGACAUUAAAUUAUUGACAAUGAACUAUGACGACUACAAUAAAAUAUGAUUCGAACAACAAAAGU